CAGUCGGAUUUGAUAGUCGUCCGGACUUAUCAAUUUAUUAUUUCUUUAUUUUUCGUAUUUCCCUUUCACAAAAUGGUGAAAGCCUGGUAUAUGGACAACGAUACAAAUGAUCAGCGCGGGCAUCACAGGAACCCUCCGCAGUUUGUGUCUCUCGAUGAAUUGUAUAAGAAAACCGGUGUUGAAUACUUUAGCCUAAAUGUCGACACACAUGAGACAGAUGGAGUCCUAGAUAAGAUAAAGAAGGAGCGUGGUUACACCUAUGAGGACCGUAUGGAGGCGUCCAAGGCAACGCUGCCAAACUAUGAGGAGAAACUGGUUGCCUUCUACACUGAGCACUUGCAUACUGAUGAAGAGAUCAGGUUUGUCCUGGACGGCGCUGGCUACUUCGACGUGCGUGACUGCGAGGACCAGUGGAUCCGCAUCCAGGUCGUUGCCGGAGACAUGCUGGUGUUGCCCAGUGGGAUAUACCACCGCUUCACUCUCGACUUUAAUAACUACAUAAAGGUGAAGAGAUUCUUCAUCGGCGAGCCAGUGUGGGCGGCGCACAACCGCCCGUCAGACGACAUGGAGGCUCGCAAGGAAUAUGUUGAGAAGCUCACCAAGGGCUUCGUGGCCGCUUGCUAAUAGGGGUAUACAUAUACAGGGGUAUACUCUGAACAACAAGGUUUGUUUAACCUUGUUGUCAAAAUGUCUUUCAUUUCCAUUCUAACUCAUCAGAUACUGGCUAAAUCCAUGUGUGAUUUAAUCAAUUCAUAUCACGUUAUGAUCCUCAACCUUUAAAAUAAUAACAUUGUGCUAGAAUAUUGAUAUUUUGUACAAUGGUUUGUUUACAUUGUUGACAAUUUCUAUUGACAGCGAUUUUACUUGAAGACUCCAUUAGCCGGCCUGUUCAUUUUGAUCAUUGAAAUAGUGAAAUCCUACGCACGGAUCCGUGACUAAGGGCCGGUUGCAUCAAACCGUCUGUCACCGUUAAAGCGUUCGUUAAUUUUUUAUUGUAUGGGAAGUUCCAUAGACAUCUGCUGCGUGACGAUGAUGUGUCUGUCAAAUGUGGUUGAUGCAACUGGCCCUAAGCAUACGAGGGCUGAAUGCUUUUUCACAUAAUCCGGUCCGAUAUCGGAUGAAGGAAAGAUGUCAAAGGCAGAUAUCAAAGAUGGCGCCUUCAAUAUAUAGGAUAUCGGCACUACUUUAAAAAAAACUAUCUUCUUCUGUAAAUGAAGAGAAAAAUGUAUUAAGUAUGUAUGGAAUGCAUAUAUACUUACUACGUUUUGUCUUUGAGGAGCAGUGUGAGAUACGAGAUUUUUUAAAAGUAGUGACGAUAUCGGUCCUACAUCCUGUAUUAUUAUUAUUAAUCAAAUACGUGUAAAUGCUCCGAGUACGAUUUAUUGAGUGACAACAAGAAUACAAUGUCAUGAACAUCAUGUCAUAUUCAAAAUUAUAUUUAGAACAUUGCAUUCCUUAUUCAAACAUACACUGUAGAUGGCGCUGCUGGAUAUUAAAAAACAACAUCCUGAAACUCCCUACGUGUGACUAUCACAUGCAAGUUUCGUUACAUGUACAUCUUAAAUCGUAAGCUUUAUGAAUUUAAUAUUGAAAACACAUUUAUUUCACUGAUAUUCAAUAUUGCUUGAAAUAAAAUAAAAAAAUGAGUCAUGUAGCCAUAUGACAAUAUAGUGAUAUCUUGAGGUAGCUUCCAUUCCAUAAACAGUGACAGAGCAGCUUCUCAUGUUGACCUAAGAUAAAUGGUAUUGCCAUAAUAAAAUUCAGAUGCAAGUAUAUUUAAGAUAACAAAUAGAUAUUAAGUAUUAAGUUGAUUAAACUAUUAUGGCCAUAAGAUGUGAUAAAAUAUUGCCUUGAUUUUAUAUUAAAUCUACUUCUAAAACUAUAAUAACAUGACAUAAUCACGUAUAGUUACAAUAAAGAAAACUAAUUACACACUUGAUAAGACAGAAUUUGCUCAACAUUGAUUGAGCUUUGAUAAGAAA